AUGGCCAUCGGGGAGACCACCCCACACCCCCAGGAGCUGCGGACUGGGUGCUUCUGGCAGGGGGUGCUGGUGGAGGCAGCGGCAACGCUCAUCUUCGUGGGGGUGGUGCUGGGCGCCUCGGUGGCGCCCGGGCCCCUGGCACCGGCACUGGCCGGGGGUCUGGCAGCCGGGGUGCUGGCCGGCACCCUCGGGGCGCCCCAGGCCAACCCGGCGCUCACCCUGGCCCUGCUCUGCACCCGCAAGCUGGGUGCCCUGCGCGGGGCCGCCGGGCUCCUGGCUCAGUGCACCGGGGCCGUGCUGGCUGCUGCUGCUGCCCGCCUGGUGCUGCCGGACGACGCCGGCCUCGUCACUAGGGUGAGCGCAGCGGGGACGGCAGGACAGGCCCUGGCCUGGGAGACCUUCGCCACCUUCCAGCUGGCACUGGCCGCCUUCGCCGCCGCCGACCGCGCGUCCCCCCUGGGCGGGCUGGCCCUGGGCAGCGCCGUGGCCGCUGGCGCCCUGGUCGCGGGGCCGUUCUCGGGGGGCAGCAUGAACCCAGCGCGCUCGCUGGGGCCCGCCAUCGUCACCGGCAUUUGGGACGACCACUGGGUGUACUGGCUGGGGCCGGUGCUGGGUGCGGUGCUGGCCGGGCUCUCCUACGAGUUCAUCUUCGCCCCCGGUGCCUCCCGGGAGAAGCUGGGCGCCUGCCUCACCUGCCGGGACGUGGCGCUGGUGGAGACCACCAGCCUGUCCCCCUCCUCGCCCUCCCCCCGUGCCCCCCCGGCCCCCCAAGCCGAGCGGGGCCAGGGCACGGCCUGAGCCCCCCCAGCCCCCCCACUCCCACCCAGCCUACACAUGGGCCAGGUCCCUGCCAGCCCCCCAGCCCAGCCCCGCUCUGUGGGGCACCCCGGGUACGGUGCCCCCCUGGCAGGCUGUGGGGGGGGUGGGGGCACGCACAGACGGCCCCAGUCCCCCCCCCCAUCUCCCCACCCUGGGGAGAUUAAAGUUGGCUUUGGGUCGGAGGUGGGUGCAGAGUCUUGCUGUGAGGGACUGGGGGGGUCUCAGUGGCUGCAAGACCCCCACCCUGCGCCCUCAGGGUGUGGGGGGACCCCAACGCCAGGGUCCUCCCCUACGCCUCCCCCCUGCCCCGCUUGGGCCUGUGCCCCCUUCCUGCCUUCCCCGGGCGGGUGCCCCCUCCCCGUGGCGAGGGCGGGGGCCGGGACCCCCGUCCGCCCUGUCCCGUGCCGGGGCGCUGAGCGCAGCAAAGCCCUUUGUCGCGGCCUCUGCAGCCCCGGCAGAUUUCGGCGGGCGCCAAUGGCCAGGCCGGGCCCUAAUCCCCCCCCAGCCGGGGAAUUAGUGCCCGCUAAGCCAGGCUGAAUAAUCCUCCCGCAGACAACAGUGCUGGGGCGGGGGGGAGCCCCCGCAGCCCCCCAAUGGGGCUGGCCUGGGGGCGGGGGGGCACCCAGGGCCCCCCCCGCCCCCGUGUGGGGCUGGCUCCCAGGGGGGUUAUCCCAAUGUGUCCCCAAAACAUAGGGAGUGGGGUGGGGGGGUGCCUCAGCACUGCCCCCCCCCCAGCCCCUGAAAGCACAGUGGUCCCUCAAACCCCACAGAGGGCACCUAUGGGUCACAACAUCCCCCCCCCCGCAAAAAGGCAAGGCAGCC